CUGCUGAGGAACAGACAGACAGGCAAGUCUCACCGCACACACAGAAGCAAGCAAGCAGUCAUUCCUCCCGCCCUCUUUAAACGCACGCUGCUCUCCGUCGCCAACAACCGCCCCCCAAAAAACGCCAUUUUCACUUCACCCUCAAAGCUCCAAGAAGCAGAAGAAUUCACCACAAGACCUUCCAUUCCAGCUGCCCUGAUCUUCUUCUUCUUCGCUGAGGAGAACCCCACCACUAGGCACAAAUCUUGGUUCUGAUCUAGGAGGAGGAGGAGGACUGCCUCCACAUUUAUGCCUGCCCCAUCUUGAAUUCUUGCUCGCUUUGCUUGCUCCAUCCACAUUGAUUGAUUCGGCCUCGUUCGUCCUGGCGUCUGGAGCUUCUUCGUCGGUGGAGCUCCGGCUGUUUGUGAGGGGCUUGAUUUGAUUUGAGGAGGUUGGUUGGUUGGUUUGAUCUGGAUUUGGAUCCUUGGGCUUGAUAUGGGGACGGGGGCGGCGGCGGCGGCGGAGCGGCCGAAGCAGGCGCAGCGGCGGGGCGGGCACCUGUGGAAGAGGGCGCUGCUCCACUUCUCGCUCUGCUUCGUCAUGGGCUUCUUCACCGGCUUCGCGCCCUCCUCUUCUUCCUCCUGGAGAUCCAGCGCCGGCGGCGGGGGCGGCCUGCACCCGCACGGCGACCAGCUCGCGGCUUCCCGCGUCGCCGUCAACAGCGACCAGCACCUCCGCCUGCCGCCGCCCUCGCCCGAGGGCUCCGCGGCGGCGGGCGGCGGGGGCGCGACGGUGGACCUGGACGACGACGAGGAGGAAGGGCGCGGGCCGAGGAGGAUGCUGAUAGUGGUGACCACGACGCGGGGAGGUGGGGAGGAGCGGCGGCGGCGGCGGCCGGAGCUGCUGCGGCUGGCCCACACGCUGCGGCUGGUGCGCCCGCCGGUGGUGUGGGUGGUGGUGGAGCCGGCGGCGGACGCGCCGGCCACGGCGGAGGUGCUGCGGGGCACGGGGGUCAUGUACCGGCACCUGGCGUUCCGGCCCGAGGAGAACUUCACGACGGCCGCCGCCGAGGCCCACGCGCAGCGCAACGCCGCGCUCGCCCACGUCGAGAAGCACCGCCUCUCCGGCGUCCUCCACUUCGCCGACGCCGCCGGCGUCUACGACGCCCGCUUCUUCGACGAGAUCCGCCAGAUCGAGGCGUUUGGCACAUGGCCAGUGGCAACGAUGUCUGCGGGCGAGAAGAAAGUAGUGGUGGAGGGGCCACUGUGCAGUGCGUCGAAGGUAGUCGGUUGGUUCUCGAGGAACUUCAAUGACGGAACCACCCGUACAGUGACAUAUAACACAGAGGCUGACCUGAAUCCUGCCGGGGCUGCUGGCACGCGAGCACACACCAUUGAUGUAUCAGGGUUCGCGUUCAACAGUUCUAUUUUGUGGGACCCUGAGCGAUGGGGCCGACCAACAUCAUUACCGGACACUUCACAGGAUUCCAUCAAGUUUGUGCAAGAGGUGGUGCUAGAAGACAGGAAUAAACUGAAGGGUAUCCCCUCUGACUGCUCCCAGAUCAUGGUGUGGCAAUAUACUGUUCCUAGCCCCAUUCCUCUAAAAAAAUCGCCCCCGAAAACUCACCAUAGAAGGUAGGGAGGGAGUGAGAGGAAACAAGAGGAAAUCUUCUGCAGAAAGACGAUGCGAGAAACAAGAAGAAAUCUUCUGCAGAAAGACGACGUGAGUUGAUGUAAAUGUGGCGAAAACAAGAGAUAAGGGAGAGAAGAUUGCUUACACCGAAUUCCUUUUUUUUCUUUUCUUUUCAUUUUUGUUCUUUUGGGAGGGGUCAUGAAUUAUCCUCGGAAAAUCUUCCCCGCCCCAAGCAAUAGUAUUUAUUCAGAUUUACAUUUAUGAUUCUUUAACUCGCGACCGCUCCUCUCUUCCAGGUAAAAUCUUUUCAGAACCCCUCCCCCCUUUGUGGAGUGCAAUAA